GUUUGUGAAUACGAUAAAUAGGAAAUCGAGUAACAUAAUAGCUAGGUUUAACGUCAAUACAAGCCUGGAUACACUAAUUUUAUUUAAUGAGGAUACGACGAGCUAUACAGCAAGUAUUUGUAUGCAAGAAAUUCCAACUCAAACAUUGAUAAAUAUAGUAUCUACUAAUCAAUUCUUGGUAUUACCACGAAUAUCAUCGCAGAACAUGAUGGAAAGUGUGUGCCCAACUGAAUGGAACCGACAAAGAAAACGGUUGUGCGUAAUUCUUGUUACAGAGAAUAAAGGAAAAGACGACUUUGAAAAAGUGGCUUUAAGGGAUAUUGCCUUAAAUAUUGGGUACCAUUCAAAGAGAGUUCGAUUUGCUUAUAUAUUCAAGGAAAGUCAACCGCAUUUUAUUAGAGCAAUUUCGAAAGGAUCGUAUAAGGACAGUCUUAUACACAUUGUUAUUAUUUGGCGGCGAGAUAAAAAACGUAUAAAGUACGACUGGGUCAACGUCGCCAAACAGAAUGGCAACAGUUCACCUGAACACUUCAUAAAUUUAACUAAAAACGAAAUUUCCAAUGCAGUUAAGAAGUUAUUAAAAAAUUCAGAAGCUUUAUGUUACGAAGCAUUUGUAGAGAACUUAAUUAACGAACAUUCACAAGGAAUUUUAACUAAAUGGAUUUCUCAGUUCUUAUAUGUGGUCGAUUACCUAUCAGAUAAUAUUGAAGAGGAGCACCUUUUUGCGUUUAUUUCACUUUUAGGAACUUUUGGAUUUAUGUUUGCUGUUGGAUAUGUAUUAAUUUACUUUCUUAAAGUUGAGGAGGAAAAUCUUAAGGCGCAAGGCCAACUUUUCGAUAUACAAGGGCAUCAUAUGCGUUAUUUCCUUUUGCCUUAA